GUUACUUCAUGGAAUGAGCACCUAAUAGAACAAGAAAGGAUCAAAACUCUAUCGAAAAACAAAUCAUGUGGUCUUCAGAAAUGAGGAGAAAUGCAGCCAUCUGAAAUGGUCAUGAACCCCAAACAAGUCUUCCUCUCGGUGCUGAUAUUUGGGGUAGCGGGGCUACUCCUGUUCAUGUAUUUGCAAGUCUGGAUUGAAGAGCAACAUACAGGGAGAGUGGAGAAGAAAAGAGAACAAAAAGCAACCUCAGGAUGGGAGCCAGUAAAUUACCUGCAACCUAUACCAGGAAUCAUGACUAGAGAACAAAUCCGGGGACAUAUUACCAACCAGAACCUCAAGUUCCACAUCACUGAGGAUCCCAAGGGAAAAAAGGAAAAUCUUCUGCUCGACUCUGAGAGGCCAAUGAGGGUCUUCACAAAGACCAGCCACUCACAAGGAGAGGAUCGAGUUUUGGGGAAGACCACAGGGCCACCAACAAUUAAGCUGAUUGCAAAACAUCAAGGAACUAGGACUGUUUUCAAGAAGUUCAGUGAAAUGAAGUGGCCAUUGGACAUACACCCUUUAAAUAAAAGUUUAAUCAAAGACAACAAAUGGAAGGAAACGGAUGUGGCCCAAGAGAAACGCAGGUCUUUCCUUCAGGAGUCUUGCAAAAAAUAUGGCGGGGUGAGUCGUCCUCAAUCACAUCUUUUUCAUAUGGUAUCCAGGAUCUAUGUGGAAGAUAAACACAAAAUCUUAUAUUGUGAAGUACCCAAGGCUGGCUGCUCCAACUGGAAGAGAAUUCUGAUGGUGCUAAGUGGGUUGGCUUCCUCUGCGUACAACAUCUCCCAUGAUGCUGUUCACUACGGGAAGCAUUUGAAAAAACUAGAUAGCUUUGACUUAAAAGGGAUAUAUACUCGUUUGAAUACCUACACCAAAGCUGUUUUUGUUCGUGAUCCCAUGGAAAGAUUAGUGUCAGCAUUUAGGGACAAAUUUGAACACCCCAAUAGCUAUUACCAUCCGGUAUUUGGGAAGGCAAUUAUAAAGAAAUAUCGGCCAAAUGCCUGUGAAGAAGCAUUAAAUAAUGGAUCUGGGGUCAAAUUCAAAGAGUUCGUCCACUAUUUGCUGGAUUCCCACCGUCCAGUAGGAAUGGACAUUCACUGGGAAAAGGUCAGCAAACUCUGCUAUCCGUGUUUAAUCAACUAUGAUUUUGUAGGGAAAUUCGAAACUUUGGAAGAAGAUGCCAAUUACUUUUUGCAGCUGAUUGGUGCUCCAAAAGAGCUGAAAUUUCCAAACUUUAAGGAUAGGCACUCUUCUGAUGAAAGAACCAAUGCUCAGGUCGUGAGACAAUAUUUAAAGGAUCUGACUCGAACUGAGAGACAAUUAAUCUAUGACUUUUAUGACUUGGACUAUUUGAUGUUUAAUUAUACAACUCCAUUUUUGUAGUUUGCAUUAAUCUUCUAAAACCCUGUAGUUACUUCAUGAUGAUGGCCUCAAAUCAGCUAACUGUAAUUUUCCUGCAGUUCUCUGUAUGAGAGAGAAUUUAACCAAGUGUAGUUGUCUUGAUUUAAUGAAGAUUUUUACCAAAUAGUAUGACACCAAUUGGCACAAAGUUAUAGGAAAAUUACCUUACAGAGACAUGUAAACAAGUUGAGUUGCUCUAGAAUGUUUGGAAAAUAGCUGCUUUUGCAUUAUGGAUUAUAUUAUAGAAGCAAUAACCUAGCCAGCUGCUACAUUAGCUUCAACAGCCUCUUGCAAUGAUAGAAAAAGGGAUCUAAAAUAGCAUGAGUAUAUGUCUACAUCCUGGAAUUUGUUGUCUAAAGUGCAUGGAUAUAUUUUUAGCAGUCUGUGACAUAUUACUCGAACCUUGGAGAGUUUUCUUACACCCUGGAAAUCUUUCUAUCAACUGCAAUGAUAAAUCCAUUUUGAAAUAAUAUUUUGGACCUAGGCAUUUAAGUUUAGAUUGGAAGGCAUUAUGUGAUUUACAAUAUGAGAAUAUAGCAGAAAAACCAGAUGAGGCUAUGGCUUUUUAUAUUCAACAGCCAAUAAAAAAUGCACAACAUGCUAAGAUCAAAGCAACAAAAGCAACCUUCCUCUUCCAGAAAAAGUUAGGGGAAUUGAUUCUGUUUUCUUCUGAGCCCUCUGUGCAGAGACAAAAUGAACAUAACCACUAAAGGUCCUCGCUUCUGAAGCAGGCAGUUGCGAAGUUUAAGUCUCAUCAGAUAUAAAUGUGCUUCUAAUUUCUGGUUUAAUUGGGCAGGGGGGAAAUUGUUUCAGGAUGGAAUAAUCAUCAAAAACAAAAGUUGCCACUCUGAAUAUGGGUCUCAAACAAUAACAAAGUUUUAUAAGAGUAUUAUUUGAAUCAAAGCAUCAUGUGCAUAGCUUUAUAUGUGGAAUGUACUCUAAGAAUAACUUUUGUUUCCAGUCUAAUUACUUAGCUUAGGAAUGACUUUUUAAAAACGCCUAUACCACUUCAAAGAUAGGUUAUAUUCUAAAGAAUAAACAAAACAAGAGCCCCUAGAAACAUUUUUAAUAGGCUUAUGCAUAAACAAAUUCAGGAGUUUUCUUUUUAAGUUCAAAUAUUCUAUCCUAACACAGUCAAAUACCAUUGCAUUCAAAUAUUAAAUCCAAGUUUUGGGAAAACAGGACCAUGUGUCACCCCUAUCGAAAGUUGUAAUGCAUUUUGGAAAUUUUUUCCAGCGGACCCUAAAUUUGAAGACACGUUUGGAUGGGAACUUAUUUUAAUUGGUUGACUAUUUGAGUUAAGAAGACCACAUGUCAUUGAAACUCUGUUUAAAUGCAGUUCUCAAACAUGUUCUUCUUCCCAAACUCUCAUUUUUUUUCUCGUCAAUAAAUAUUCAGUAACGUCUCGCAAAGAAAA